CCUGUGGCCAGUACCUCUGGCAGUGGAUCAGCAAACGGAUCAGGAAAUGGAUCAUGGAAGCACCACUGGUACCAACGGCAACAGCGGCUCAACCACAUCCAACACUACCUCCACCAGCUCAGGUGCUCGUACUGCAGGCUCCGGCGCUGGUAACUCAACCGCUGGAUCUAACGCCAAAUCUUCGGCCACCAUCUUGAGCCCUGCCAUGGGUCUCUUCACCGUCUCUUUGGCUGCCAUCGGGUUUGCUUCGCUUUAAAUAGUGAACAUUGACCUGUUGAUUGGGAUAUGCAGUGGAAAACUCAGAGUUAAACUACCUUGUCGAGCGUCACUCGUGGUGUUGACUAGUUUGUUCUAUCCCUAGCUCGACUUGUGAUUCGGAUCAUCGCCUAGUACCCUGUUCCCUGUGUCAGCUGGUCCUACAUGACUUCUAGUUUUGCUCGUCC